AUGUUGAUCCUGGUAUCCGCUCGGUUUCAAGCCUGGCUGAACAAGUGGGCAAGGAAUAUAUACUCGUUGCUUGCCAGCCUUGGGCUUAGCUGGAAGUCGGCACAAAUAAAUAAUGAUCUGCUUGACCUCACUGAGCAAAUAAGCAAGGAGUCAUCCCGAUACCCUGUCGCUCAAGGCAGUUUUGGGGACGUCUGGAAGUGCAUACGUAAGCACCCUCGAAUCACGGUUGCAGUAAAGUGUCUGCGACUUGAAAUUCCGAACGAUAACUGCAAGACAAAAAUUACCGAGAGGCUCGAACACGACUUGCAGCGGAAUACUAAGCUGAAACACGCCAAUCUGUUACCUUUGUUGGGCAUAACUCAAGGAUUUGGUCCACUGCCUGCUAUCGUCUCCCCAUGGAUGAACAAAGGCUCACUUACCAUACUUCUGGAACGUGAUUUCCAACAACUCACUCUCACUCGAAUGCUUCAAAUUGUGGUGCACUCCGAAAACAUAGUACACGGUGAUCUCACCGGCAACAACAUUCUCAUCGAUGAGAACGGCAAAGCCUUCGUGGCUGACCAUGGAAUUCUCAUUUUUUGUGCCGAGCUCCAUGGCACGUCAUACAUCAGAAGCAAUGUGCGAUGGGCUGCACCUGAAAACUUUCAAGUUCCGGAAGAUGACGAGUCAAUAAGCUCGCCCCAAUUGGCAUCAGACAUCUAUUCUUUCGCGUGCAUCAUGUUGCAGGUCUUCACAGGAAAGGUUCCGUAUUCUGAAUUUCGGAGUGACCAUCAAGUUACCGUACAGAUACUCAGAGGCCGAAAGCCUGCCCGACCAAUGACUCCAUCCAUCGCUGAUGCUUUAUGGGAUUUCAUGCAGAAGUGCUGGCUUGAUAAACUGGAACAAAGGCCUUCAGCCAACGAAGUCCUGACAUUUAUACAGGGACAGCUAGAAGAAAGCUCCUGUUCUCAUGCGACUCGUGAUGCCACGGCAGUUUCCUAGCUUUGUAUGUCAUAUGCUCUAUCUUGUGCUCUGUCCGACAUCAUGUUCGCGAGAUUCCAUACCUUGAUAUCUCUCACAGCUGCGAUUUAAGCGUACAGCUAUCAUGUUAACAUGCUCACAGAUGUCCUCGACAUCGCACCAGCUAUUUUUCACAACGAAUGUAGAAUAGUAGAUACACGAUAUGCUACACCAGCUUUGACUUAUGCACAUUACUAGUAUUUAAUCCUACUAGGGUACAUACUAGUACUUAGUCAUUAUGAGCGCCGUCUGCACUGCAGAAACCUAUGGUUCCUGAUUACAACAUGAUUACUCAAAUUAGC